GUCCCCGCGCCCUGGAGCCUCGCUGAGCGCAGCCCGGAGCCCCCGCAGCCAGGAUGGCCUCGUCGUCCGGCAACGACGACGACCUCACCAUCCCCAGGGCUGCCAUCAACAAGAUGAUCAAAGAGACGCUGCCCAACGUCCGCGUGGCGAACGACGCCCGGGAGCUGGUGGUCAACUGCUGCACUGAAUUCAUCCACCUCAUCUCCUCCGAGGCAAACGAGAUCUGCAACAAAUCGGAGAAGAAAACCAUCUCCCCGGAGCAUGUCAUACAAGCACUAGAAAGUUUGGGAUUUGGCUCCUAUAUCAGUGAAGUAAAAGAAGUCUUACAAGAAUGCAAAACAGUAGCACUAAAGAGAAGAAAGGCCAGUUCACGCUUGGAGAACCUCGGCAUUCCGGAAGAAGAGCUACUAAGGCAGCAACAGGAAUUAUUUGCACAAGCUAGACAACAGCAAGCAGAACUGGCGCAGCAGGAAUGGCUACAGAUGCAGCAAGCAGCUCAACAGGCACAGCUCGCUGCUGCCUCAGCCAGUGCAUCCAAUCAGGCAGGAUCCUCUCAGGAUGAAGAUGAUGAAGAUGAUAUCUGAAAAUCACCAGCUGAGUUGUCUUACUAAGAAAUACUUUUCCUGCACAACGAAAACAGUGAAAUGAAUGCUUACCUGUAAGUUUGUAUGCAUCGUGGACUGGCAGUUGGUAUUCUAGGGGUGUCUGCUGUUGUGUGCUGUACAUGUAUAAACUGUCUUUUUUCGAACUCUUGAAGAAUUAAGGUUCAGUAUCAUAUCAACUUUGGAUUUUUAAUGGUGUAUAUGGAAAUUUUAGAUAGCGGUGCGUCAUUUAUUUGAUCAAUAAACAGUGUUACAAUAAACAACAAGUUUAUAAAAUAUAGUGAGAUUUAUACAAAAAGCUCUAAAUCCACAUUUGCAUUUCUUCCCUUUUAACUAAACUAUAAAAUCUUACUUAGAAUUUUUAAUUGUUUUUGGGGGAGUGGUACAGUAGACAUAAUCUGUUAAUGGGUAAAAGUGGAGUUCAGCAUAGAAGAACCUGAAUUCUUAGUUCUUUUUAAAAUGGCAAUAAACAUUAUAUAUGCUCGAAUACCACACUGGUUAAAAUUUGAAAAUGAUACAUUUUCACCAAGCUAGGAAAAGGUAUGUUUAAUAGGAGUUGUACAAAUUCAAUCAUUUUUUUGUAUAGGGGUGAAAAAAAUAAACCCGUGGUUUUAUCAUGACAUCCUUUGACAGUCCUAACUGAUUAUUUCUCUUCAAAGAGACUGCCUGGUUUGAAGAACUAACGUUUCUAUUAUUUCACUCCAGUUUAAUGUUAACUGUUGUUGAUGGUAUUUCGUAGUCCAGAUUUAUUCAUAUUGUUGAAAUAUGAAGCCGGAACUUAAUGAAAGAAAACUGUUUGUUCCGCUGAUGUGGCUGGGAGUGAUUAAGUAUUCAAGCCUAAGAAGGCAAAAGCUGACCUUAAGAGCAUGCUUAUCAUAAAAGAGGGAAUUUAUUUAACUUUGAUUAGUCCUUGUCAGCAUAAUGCUAACAUUCUCCAGACUAGGUUGCCACUGGAUUACUAAAAUACCUUGUUGAAAGACAGCAAUUUAUUCAGGCUGGUUUAUAGGUAAAUUUAGGUUUUUGAUAAACUAUUCCCCAAGAGUGAUCAGCAAUACAUGAAACAGAAAUUAUGUACUUGUCCUUUCGAUAGUUCUGUUGAUUUAAUGGAUGAGCAGCUGUCCUUUGUGUUGAAAUAAAGCACAGUAGUGUCCAUUGCUGAGUUUUAAUGUGUUACUUGAAGUAAUACUGGCAUAUCUUCUGGUACACUAAUCUGAGCAGACUAGAAAAGCCACUUGCAUGCUGCUGUAGAUGAUCUCCAUCUAAUAAUGUGGAUUGUUCUAUUAACUUAUGUCCUCAGCAAGCUGGUCCAGUUAGAGUUCUUGAGGAGGGCUGCAGCAGUCUGUUUACAUAAGGAUGCAAACAGAAAAUGGUGAGCCCAUUUUUACAUGAAGAUCUGGACAGGAUAUAAUUGGCAUAUAUUCAGAUCUCAGUCACAUAGUGACUUUUGAUUUAAAUUUGGGAUGUCUUAAGUUGCAUAUUGGAUAAAUGCAUUAGUGCAGUGAAAACUCAGAAAAGUAUUUGUUUGAAUGUUUAAGUUUAAGAAAGAAAAACAAAACAAAAAAACUUUUGUGGAUACUAUAUGACAGAUGUUAGGCAAGGUUUGACCGAGGAAGUGGUUUUCUGUAAAGGUUUAAGUACCAAAGGUAGAAAAUCUAGUCUAGUGAUACAAUGUUAAUGUGCAGUGUUGGCUUUUCUAAUUUGUACUGUAACACCUUCACACUUUCUAUUUUAAAUGAGUCUUUUCCUUCUAAAUAAUACUAGGUAUAUUUUCACACCUUUCUUUUCUGAUGCAGAAAUCAGGUUAACAUUUUACUGCAUCUGGUAUGUAUGGUGUAAUAUGUUUGGAUUCUUGUGACCUUUCUUUUUGGACAUUCUUGUGCUUUUUCAUAUGCUGUAUUCUUCAAGCAAUAAAAUUCUGAUGUGUUUUUAUAAAAUUGCUUUUAUAUUUAA